AUGUUCUUUCUACUCUUAAUAUCAGCAAUUUUCACUGUUAAUGACGCCGAGGAGCGUUGGAUAACUGUGAACGCCACUGAAGCUUACAAGGAACUGAACAGUAAAUACAAUGUUACGUGGGACGAAAGUUUGGCGAGUGAAGCACUGGAAUUGGCAAAAAAUCCAGUGGAUGUAAAGGAUCACAAAGGAGAAGCCGACAAAUUUGUCAAAGGAAAAGAGUACUUUGAUAAGAACGAUGGUUCAUCAAUGGACGUAAAAGUAAAAAAAACUUUGGAACAAAAAAUUAAAGACAGACAUGAUGAGUUCAAACGUUUCAAAUCCGGAGCACGAUUCGGUUGUAAUGGCGUUUUCAAUACGACUUCGCCAACAUACGACUUCGUAUCUUCCGUCUGCCUCUACAAAAAGCACAAAUGA